AUGUCUUCGACCUCGACGACCUCGACCGUCGACCCGGAACGGGCCAGGGAGAGCAACACGGCCAUGAUCCUGGCUGUCACGGGGACGUUCCAUGCGCUCGCCCUCGUCUUCGUCGUCCUCCGGACGUACACGCGUGCCGUCAUCGUCAAGACGAUGGGGGUCGACGACUACAUGAUGAUCGGGGCCGCGCUUUGUGCGCUCGGCGGAGGGAUGGUCAUCUUCAUCAUCCAGGGGUUCUACGGGCUCGGCAGACAUAGGGACACCAUCAGCAAGGCGGAUCACGUCUUCUUCUCCAAAGUGGGCUUCUUCCAGUCCAUCAUCUCGGCCAUCGCGGCCCUGGCUUUGCUGAAGAUCUCGAUCGCGCUAUCGUUGCUUCGGCUGAGCAAGAACCGAUGGUAUUCGCGGACCCUGUGGGCUCUGAUCGUUUUCGUGGUGCUUUACACGAUCAUGGCCUGGCUGAGCUUCUUCCUGUACUGCACACCCCUAGAGGGCUACUGGGAUAAGAGCCUGAAGCCCACGUGUUACAACAUCAAGCUGUUUGUCAACUUUGCUCUUGUGAACACGGCUUUCAACAUCUUCACCGACGUCUGUUUCGCCACGCUGCCCGUCCCGAUCAUCUGGGUUUUGCAGAUGAAGUUGCGGACCCGGAUCUACUUGAUCGGCGUUUUGAGUCUUGGUUACCUAGCCGUCAUCAUGGGCAUCAUCAAGGCCGUCUACCAGAUUGCCCAACCGGGCAACAAAGACGGGACAUUCCUCCAGCUGAACCUCGGCAUCAUCGCCGCCUGCGCGCCGGCGAUCAAGCCACUCGUGGGCCGCGCCCUCAAGAUCUCGUCGAGCCGCCGUUACAACAGCGACAACCUCUACGAGAACCGGUACCCGACGGGCCGGACCGGGCGGACGGUGCACAUCACGGCGACGGCCAAGAGACAGGGGUACAGGGAGCAGGGGAGCCAGGGGGCGCCGGACUACGAGCUCGAGGAGGGCCCCUUUUCGAACAGCGCCGAGUUCUACCGGGCGAGCAUCAAGGGCGGCGGGACCGCCAACCACCCGGCGGCCGUGGCUGUGUACGGAAACAAGAACAGCUUCGGUGACAGGUCGGGGAGCGAGGAGAUGAUCCUGGACACGGAUGGCAAGCUCGGGGAGGGCAGGGGCAUCAUGAGGACGACCGAGGUUCACGUCCAGCGCUAG